GUCCCGAGAAGGGCCCGGGACUGCUCCUAUUAAAGGGGCAAGGCCCCCGGACUGUGGGGGUCACUGUGAGGGGACAGGGAACCGAGGUGCGGACGCGCAAAGCACGUAUGAGGAGACUCAGUCCAGCUACUCAGCCCAGUGCAGUUAUGCAGGUGCAGGAAGAUGACAACAAUCUCAUUCCCUUUGCAAAGUGUUCAAAGGUGGUCAGGAGAUCUCCACCCCUCAACUUGCCUUCCCAGAGCCUCAGACUGACUCCCCAGCGUUAUGGGGACUUCUUCUGGGAGAAACUUAGUCAAAGGCCCAGCCCCACUUGGAUGGAGGAACAAUACAUCCCAUCCCAGCUGAGAGCCACUGGUUGCUCCCAGUCUGGCCUGUACCGCCCAGAGGGGCUCCCACCCCCUGAGAUGCUUUGCAGAAGAAAGAGAAGGAGGACACAUUUGCAUCAGGGACCUGAGGGGAUCCCAGCCCGGGUAAGGGCUGUCACUUAUCAUCUAGAGGAUCUAAGGAGGCGGCAGAGAAUCAUCAAUGAAAUGAAGAAGACCCAAUGGAGCAGCUCUGGGGCUGCUUCUGGGCAUCCCGUGCUUGGUGAAGAUGGCUGUGGAGUUCCCACCACCUCCCAAUGCCCUGACCUGGAAGAGAAGAGGGUAACCUAUCCAGGGGAAGAGGACUGUUUUCUCACUCUUGGCAGGGCCCAGCUGCUUUGGUCUCCCUGGAGUCCCCUCGGCCAGGAGGGGUCUAGUUUCUUCAGGCAACCGAGCUCCCUGGCUCCCUACAGCACUGCCACAGCCAGUAGGAACCCCCUUCACAGUCCCUGGGGGAUGGAACUGCAGCCUGAGGAGUAAGGAGAAACCAAGAGGCUAGCACUGCUUCAGGGACCCAAGUCCAGUUCUCAUCACUGGAACCUCCCCCAUUUCUGGCAUCAAGGCAUUUUCCUUUUCAUAGCCUCUCCUACUUCCUCUCCUGUUCUCAGAAUUAGGCAUUAACAGCCCCCUCAACCCAUCCCUCUCACAGGAGCUCCCCAAGUCCUCCUGUUCCUUAGGCGCCACUGCCUGGCAUUUGUUUUUUGUUCUGUUAUUAAAGAGCAAGCAAGUUG